UUACAACAUUUUAUACAGACAUGGAUAAAACAUAAUAAGAGUAUACAUUUAUAAUCCAAAACAUGGGGUGUAUAAAAUGACACAUUCACACAAUAAUAGUGAAUACAAGUAGUAAAAAGGAGAGAAAGAAAGAAGGUGGAAGAUGAGAGAAUAGGAGAAUUAAAUGCAUGGAGAAAUAAUCCAACAACCAAGCAACCAUAAUUGCAUAACAUCAACAUAAACAAGAGUGAGAAUAAAAGAAAUUAGAUGAGUGAAAUAAAUACACUCACUCCCUCUUUACAAUGGCAGCUCAGCUAAACAACUAAUACUCUUUCCUCCUUUAAACCUAACAACAAUUUUCUUCUUUCCAUUAACUAUUUCCAUCCACAUUUCCUCGAUUUAAUCAAUCAUUCACCAUAUAUCCUGACUCUAUUGUUAUUUGUUAGGACGAACUUUCUAGAAGGUUUAUUCGUCCGCUCGCCUUCGUCAUGUGGAACUCGACGGCGGCGGAGAAUGUAUUCGCUCGAACGCAGUCGUUUCGAGACGAAGGCGAGGAUGAAGAUGCGUUAAAAUGGGCUGCACUUGAGAGGCUUCCGACGUAUAAUAGAGUACGGCGUGGAAUCUUCAGGAAUCUUCUAGGAGAUACUAAAGAGAUCCAUGUCGGCAAACUUGGAGUGGAUGAGCGCAAGCUCGUUUUGGAUCGUCUUUUUAGUUCUGUUGAAAAUGAUCCUCAGCUUUUCUUUGAUCGAAUGCGCCAACGUUUUCUUGCGGUAGAUAUGAAAUUCCCAAAGGUAGAAGUUCGGUUUAUGAACUUAACAGUGGAGUCUUAUGUGCAAAUUGGAAGCAGGGCACUGCCAACAAUUCCUAAUUUCAUUCUCAACAUGUCUGAGGCUCUCUUGAGGAAGUUGCAUAUGUUCCCAGGAAAAAGAAAGAAACUUACCAUCUUAGAUGACAUUAGUGGAAUCAUAAGGCCUUCAAGGUUGACCUUACUACUAGGCCCUCCAAGUUCUGGGAAAACAUCUUUGCUAUUAGCUCUUGCAGGACGCCAAACACCUGGAUUAAAGAUGUCAGGUAGAAUCACAUACAACGGACAUGAUUUCCGAGAAUUUGUACCCCAAAGGACAUCAGCAUAUGUAAGCCAACAAGAUUGCCAUAUAGCUGAAAUGACUGUUAGAGAAACUCUUUCAUUUGCCGCGCGUUGUCAAGGUGUUGGAAGCAAAUAUGAUAUGCUUCUUGAACUUGCAAGGAGGGAAAAACAAUGUAAACUAAAACCUGAAGAGGACCUAGACAUUUUUAUCAAGGCAAUGUCUUUGGAUGGCAAAGACACAAAUCUUCUUGUGGAUUAUAUACUGAAGAUUUUAGGUUUAGAUAUAUGUGCGGACACUCUUGUAGGAGAUGAGAUGCUUAAAGGAAUUUCUGGUGGCCAAAAGAAGAGGCUCACCACAGGUGAGCUACUAGCAGGACAGUCUCGAGUUCUUUUUAUGGAUGAAAUAUCCAAUGGACUCGAUAGCUCUACAACUUACCAGAUUAUUAAGUAUCUCAAACAUUCAACUCGCGCACUUGAUGGCACAACAGUAAUAUCCCUCCUGCAGCCUGCUCCGGAGACUUAUGAACUGUUCGAUGACAUUAUAUUGUUAAGUGAAGGCCAGAUUGUUUAUCAAGGACCUCGUGAUUCUGUCCUUGAUUUUUUCGCUUCCAUGGGAUUCACUUGUCCUGAAAGGAAAAAUGUUGCAGAUUUCCUGCAAGAGGUUACAUCAAAGAAGGAUCAGGAACAGUAUUGGUCUGAUCAUACAUGUGCUUAUCGCUAUGUUCCAGUAGAUAAAUUUGUGGAAGCAUUUCGCUUUUACACUGUGGGGAGCAAUUUAUGCCGGGAUCUGUUUAUUCCAUUCAAUAGGUGGAAUAAUCAUCCUGCAGCGUUAUCAACCUCUUCAUAUGGUGUCAGUAAAUGGGAGCUUUUUAAGAUUGGAUAUUCGUGGCAUAGGCUAUUAAUGAAAAGGAACUCUUUCAUCUAUGUCUUUAAGUUUAUACAGCUACUUUUUGUUGCAGCUGUCACAAUGACGGUAUUUUUUAGAUCAAAGAUGCAUCACAAUACAGUCGAUGAUGGAGGCCUAUAUAUUGGGGCUCUCUUCUUUUCCAUGGUCAUAAUGCUUUUCAAUGGAUUUACUGAGGUCCCUAUGUUAGUGAUGAAACUACCUGUUAUCUACAAGCACAGGGACUUGCAUUUCUACCCUUCCUGGGUUUAUUCUAUCCCUUCAUGGUUAUUGAGCAUUCCAACUUCGCUAAUUGAAUCCGGUGUUUGGGUGGCAGUCACGUACUUUGUGAUUGGUUACGAUCCUAAUUACAUACGAUUUUUCAAGCAGUUCUUGUUAUUCUUUCUCAUACACCAGAUGGCAACAGGACUUUUUCGUGUGAUGGGAUCCUUAGGCCGAAAUAUGAUAGUAGCCAACACAUUUGGUUCUUUCGCCAUGUUAGUUGUGAUGGGUUUAGGGGAUUACAUCAUAUCAAAAGAUAGCAUACCCAAGUGGUGGGUCUGGGGUUUCUGGGUUUCUCCACUCAUGUAUGGUCAAAAUGCAGCUUCAGUAAAUGAGUUUCUUGGGCACUCCUGGGAUAAGCCAUUUGGAGACGUGAGACUAGGUGAAGCCAUAUUGAGAUCAAGAAGCUUGUUUACAGAGAGUUACUGGUAUUGGAUUGGAGUGGGUGUUAUGGCUGGAUAUGUACUCUUGUUCAAUGUCUUAUUUACUGUCUUCCUAACUUAUCUUAAUCCCCUUGGAAAGAGACAAGCCGUAAUUUCAAGAACCGAGUUCUUAGAGAAAGAAAGGAAGAGGAAAGAUGAAACUGUUGUCAUCCAGUUGAGAGAAUUCUUUCAACACUCAGGCCAGUUAAAUGGUAAAGCAACUACACAGAAGGGUAUGGUUCUACCGUUUCAACCACUGUCUAUGUCAUUCAGCAACAUCAACUAUUACGUCGAUGUUCCUUUGGAGAUGAAACAACAAGGAGUAACGGAGGAUAGAUUACAGCUGCUAGUUGAUGUCACGGGAGCAUUUAGACCUGGUGUGCUAACUGCAUUGGUUGGUGUUAGUGGUGCUGGUAAAACAACCCUUAUGGAUGUCUUAGCUGGUAGAAAAACCGGCGGAGUCAUAGAAGGUAGCGUUUACAUAUCGGGUUAUCCUAAAAAACAAGAAACAUUUGCCAGAGUAUCUGGUUACUGUGAGCAGAAUGAUAUUCAUUCUCCUUGCUUGACGGUAUUAGAAUCUCUUAUGUUUUCUGCGUGGCUGCGUCUAUCAUCAGAAGUUGACUUAGAGACACAAAUGGCCUUUGUAAACGAAGUUAUGGAACUUGUUGAACUGAGUUCGUUGAGUGGGGCAUUGGUCGGUCUCCCUGGAGUUGAUGGUUUGUCAACAGAACAAAGGAAGAGGUUAACUAUCGCAGUUGAAUUGGUUGCAAAUCCAUCUAUUAUCUUCAUGGAUGAGCCAACAACUGGAUUAGAUGCAAGAUCUGCUGCCAUUGUGAUGAGAACUGUCAGGAAUAUCGUUAACACUGGUCGAACUAUUGUCUGCACAAUUCAUCAACCAAGCAUUGACAUUUUUGAAUCCUUUGAUGAGCUUUUGUUUAUGAAACGCGGAGGCCAAGUCAUUUAUGCUGGUCAACUAGGACCAAAAUCUUGCAAGCUCAUCGAUUACUUUGAGGCUGUGGAAGGGGUGCAAACGAUCAAGCCUGGUUACAACCCCGCAGCAUGGAUGCUUGAAGCUACGUCUGUGACUGAAGAAGCACGUCUGGGUGUAGAUUUCGCUGAAAUCUACAAAAAGUCGUGGCUAUUUCAGUAUAACAAAGAGUUGGUUGAUCGUUUGAGAAAACCGCCAAGUAACUCUAAAGAAAUAACUUUUCCAACAAAAUAUUCGAGAUCCUUCUCUGAUCAAUUCCUGACAUGUCUUUGGAAGCAAAAUCUAUCAUACUGGCGGAAUCCUCAGUACACUGCUGUUCGUUUCUUCUACACCAUUAUCAUCUCACUGAUGCUUGGUUCGAUAUGCUGGAAAUUUGGCUCUAAAAAGGAAAAUCAGCAGGAUAUUAUAAAUGCAAUGGGUUCACUAUAUGCAGCGGUUCUAUUCCUUGGAAUCACCAAUGGUACAGCAGUGCAGCCUGUUGUUUCCAUUGAAAGAUUUGUUUCCUACAGAGAGCGAGCGGCAGGGUUAUAUUCAGCUCUACCUUUCGCCUUCGCACAGGUAGCCAUAGAAUUUCCUUAUCUAUUGGGACAGACAAUCAUAUAUGCAGUAAUCUUCUAUGCUAUGGCAUCGUUCGAAUGGACAGCUCUGAAAUUUGUUUGGUAUAUCUUCUUCACAUACUUCACAGUACUAUACUUCACAUUUUUCGGAAUGAUGACAACAGCGAUCACACCCAAUCACAAUGUCGCGUCAAUUAUAGCUGCUCCGUUCUAUAUGCUUUGGAACCUCUUCAGUGGCCUCAUGAUUCCUUACAAGAGACUUCCUAUAUGGUGGAGGUGGUAUUACUGGAUAAACCCAGUAGCCUGGAGUCUUUAUGGGCUUCUUACAUCACAAUAUGGUGAUGAUCACACGAUGGUGAAGUUAUCAGACGGUAUACACUCGGCAGCUAUACAGCAGCUACUAAAAGAUGGGCUGGGAUACAGGCAUGAUUUCGUGGGUGUUGCCGGUAUAGUAGUGUCUGGUUUCUGUGUGUUCUUUGCAGUCGUUUUUGCAUAUGCAAUAAAAUCAUUCAAUUUCCAGAAAAGGUGAUAAAACACAUUUUAGACGUAUUUAAACAUAUGAUCGAGUAAUCUGUAUAGAAAACAAUAUUAUACUUAUAGGACCAAUCAUUUUUAUAUUUGGGAAUUGGGAUAUUAAUAAUACUUCUAUUUUGUAUUGCAUUAUGAAACAACUCCAGUAAGAUACGAGUCACGUAUUUUCUUAUUUAUACUUCUUGCGUUCUUUUUAAGUUGGAUCAUUUCUUUUGAGAAAGUCUGGCACUAUUUCAAAAAUAUGGUUCAGCAAAAAUAGAAUGGCAGAAGAAUUUGAACACAAACCCAAAUAAAGGUUUGUCCUUCCAAAUUUACGUACUAAAAAUUGAAGCUUGAUGAAGA